CCGGCUUCACUCCUCCUCAUCCUUGGUGGCUGUUGCCCAGACCUGCCCUGGGCGCUUUGCGAGAGCCAAAAAUAAAACUGAAGUGAGGGUGUGCCCUCCCGGGGUGGGGGUGGUUCCCCCCUGGCAUGGAGGGGCUUUGGCAUCGGGGGCUGAGCAUCCUCCUCCACAGAGCUCCAAGCCGAAGCUGCACACCACCUGCUCAGCUGUCCAGGAGGUGCGGAGGUGCACGCGCCUCGAGAUGCCGGAUAACCUCCACACCUUCGUCCUCAAGGUCACCAAUGCCACUGACGUUGUAUUUGAGGCAGGGGACGAGCAGCAGCUCAGCUCCUGGACGGCUGAGAUCCGGGAAU